UCACCAUGCCUUCCCCUUUAGCAUCCCAAGUUGUCAUCUUCCCUUUCAUGGCUCAAGGCCAUACUCUUCCAUUGCUAGACCUAUCAAAAGCUCUUUCACUUCAACAAAUCAAAGUGAGCAUCGUCACCACCCCUUCAAAUGCUAAAUCAAUAACAAAAAACAUUGCUAAUUAUCCCUUUAUCAAUGUCAUUGAAAUCCCAUUUCCCACUAUUGAUGGCCUCCCCCAAGGUUGUGAAAACACCUCUCAACUUCCUUCCAAGGAAUUCUUCGGUCCUUUUCUCCAUGCUACUAAACAACUUCAAGAGCCCUUCGACCAAGUCCUACAAACCAUGUUGGAAUCCGAAACCCCACCUUUAUGUGUUAUUUCAGAUUUUUUUCUUGGCUGGACCCUUGCUUCAUGUCAAGCAUUAGGUGUCCCUAGGCUAGUCUUUCAUGGCAUGGGAGUUUUAUCAAUGGUCAUAAGCAGAUCAGCUUGGGUUCAUGCACCACAGCUAAGAUCAACGUCAAUGUUUGAGCCAUUAGACAUGCCUGACUUGAAACUUCCCUUCACUUUGACUAGAGCAGACUUGCCUGGAAAUCUAACCAACUCACCGAAUCAAGAUGACCCAGCAUCUCAAUUCUCAAGAGAAGUGAUGGAGGCUGAUGCACAGAGUUGGGGGGUUAUUGUUAAUAGCUUUGAAGAGCUAGAAAAGACUCAUAUCCCAUCUCUUGAAUCUUUUUACAUGGACGGGGCUAAGGCCUGGUGUUUAGGCCCUCUAUUUUUACUCGACAAAUUGGAGGGUCUUGAAAAAUCAACUGCCCAAGAGGAUUCAUCUAUGCUAACACGGUGGCUCAAUGAGCAAGUCAAACCAGAUUCUGUGAUGUAUGUUUCAUUUGGUACACAAGCUGAUGUAUCAGAUGCUCAACUUGAUGAAGUGGCUUUUGGCUUGGAGGAGUCAGGAUCUCCUUUUAUAUGGGUGGCACGCUCAGAGACAUGGUCUUUGCCCAGUGGCAUGGGGGAGAAAAUAAAGGGUAGAGGCUUGAUAGUCAAAGAAUGGGUUGAUCAACGCCAAUUACUAUCUCAUCGAGCAAUAGGUGGAUUCCUGAGUCACUGUGGUUGGAAUUCAGUACUGGAGAGUUUAUCCGCUGAUGUGCCAAUUCUGGCUUGGCCCAUAAUAGCUGAACAAUUCUUGAAUGCUAAAUUUAUAGUGGAUGUGCUUGGAGCUGCACUUGGUGUCAGAGGCUCUAAUGAGGUUUUUGUUUCAAGGCAAGCUAUAAGUGCAGGUGUGAAGGAGUUGAUGGCAGGACAAGGGGGAAGGAGUGCAAGGGAGAGAGCAGAAGCCAUAGGCAGGGUGGCCAGGAGGGCGGUGCAAAAUGGCGGGUCGUCUCGUGACGCCCUGAGCAAGCUCGUUGACCAACUCCGUACAUGUUAAUUAGCAUUUAAUCAGGUACCUUCCCUUGUCGUUUGCCUUGCGUUUCCUUUACUUGCUCGUAAAAUGUGCAAGUAAACUUAUCUAUCGUUUGUAAGGACCUGCUUUUAGGUCGUUGCCAGUGUGCAUGGUUAGCCCUUUUAAUG